AUGAGUUACUACGGCAGCUACUAUGGAGGCCGAGGCUACGGCUAUGGUGGCUUUGGUGGCCUGGGCUACGGCUCUGGCUUUGGGGGUUACGGAUACGGCUCUGGCUUUGGGGGCUACGGGUGUGGCUGUUGCCGCCCAUCUUGCUGUGGAGGUUCUGGCUUCUCCGGCUUCUACUGA